CUGUAUCGUGGAACGAAAUCCCAAUACGACAGGUCGAACAGAAAUCACGUUUUCCGGGACAAUGGUUGUUGAUUAAUUGUUCUGUUAAUACAUCCGAAAAGGUGACUUUAUGGUUUAAGAAAAACAAAACAUCUGAAGAGGAACCUCAAGUUAUUGAUAAAAAGAAAAUAAUAUCGGCUUCUAAGAAUAUAUUCAACAUAAAACGCUUGACAUAUAUGGAUAAGGGGUAUUACAUAUGCAGAGUUCGUGAACUGGAAAAAGAAAUAUUUCUUAGCAUAUUAGAAG